CAUGCAAAUGUUCUUAAAGUACUUAGGAGCGCAUACCAAGGAGAGCCUGCUAUUCUAAGAGUUUGUAGCUCCCUCUCAUGUCCAGCGGGUGAGUGACAGCAAGAGGCAGGAAAGAGGGUGUUUCUCCACUGCAUCUCGGCCAGGGACAGCUGACUGGUUGGGAUCUAAUUGCUCUCAAGUGAGGUCAGCAGGAGGCAUUUAUCUAAGCAGAGUGCACAGCGACAGUGGAAGAUGCACAGAGUCGGCCUGCCAGAAACAGGGAGACAUCCAUGGGAAUUGACAGAAGCUCCCAGCUCUUGUUUAGCUUUACUGCAUUACUGGAUUUGGUUUACAACUGAGGCUACAGCUGUAGAACUAAAGAGUCUUCAGCUUAAAACUCUUGCUGAAAAGGAGCACACCUCUGACAUCUCCUGUCAUCCCAGAGAGCACAUUGACAUCCUGCAUAACAUUUCCUGAACUGGAUUAUGACAUCCCUUGUCAGACUAUGGUCUCAAGAGGAUGGAGCAGUCAAAGCGCACCGUCACUGAAUAACACUGUCACUCGUCUUCUCCCUCUUCAGACCACUCUCCAGCUUCAGCAACCCCCAACCACCUUCACACAGUCUCCUUUGCAACCACACCGACUCAACGUCCCACCAGGACUACGACUACUGCGGAAACAGGGAUCCGGAGGUCACAGCACAAGGGUCACAAGUCAGGGUUCAGGGGGGGUCGCUGGGCUGAGGGAUAGUGCGCAGAUCUCUAUCUCACAUUUCAGUAUGUUGUUCACUGAUCCCCACUGCAUUGUAUUAUAAUGCGCAAAUGGAUGCUGACAUGGAACCUUCAAAAUCUGUUCUCGGGACUGUACCUGCACGCAAUCUUUCUGUUUGGCAGUGUGUGUGUGGUCUACAGUGACUGCACUCCAGAGCAACUUGCCGCCAUCAUGAACUGCUCCAAACAUGAGCGCCACACCAGGAACUACGACUACAUGGAGGGAGGAGAUGUGCGUAUCCGACAGCUGUUUAGCCGCACGCAGUGGUUCCUAACAAUUGAUGACAGAGGCAAUAUCAAUGGGACUCAAGAUCCCACCGACUGCUACAGUAUCCUGGAGAUCAGGACAGUGUCUGAGGGGGGCAUACUGGCCAUCAAAGGUGUGAAAAGUCAGCGUUACAUAUCCAUGAACAAGGCUGGAGUGCUGCAAGGCAAGGAUACCUACAAUGAAAACUGCAACUUCAAAGAGGUUUUCCUAGAAAACUACUUCAAUGCUUACUCCUCGGCAAAGUGGACUAAAAAUGGAAAAGAAAUGUUCAUAGCCCUGUCGCAGAAGGGAAAACCAAUACGAGGGAAGAAGACCAGGAGGGAGCAUAUAGCAUCUCACUUCAUUCCUAUGAAAUGCAGGGAGGAGGAGAGGAGGGCAGAAUGAAAAAAGCAAAGGACUAAGUUGCAAUUUGUGUAUGAUUUGAGUCACGUAUUAUAUAUGUAAACAGACACAUGUAAACUCAUUACCAAAUCACACUCCACUCUCCUCAAGUUGUAGAUUAGUUGUGUAAUGUUCCAUAAUAUGUUGUCAUUUUCAUUUGAGAAAACAACAGAUAUCAGAUGGGCACAUUCAAGUAUUUCAAACAUCCUCAAAUAAGAUGCUGAAAUGAGAAAAUAUUUGAAAUAGCUUCAACUGGUACACAAACUGUAAAACCACUAAAGUCUACUCAAUGUUAUUGUUAUUUUGAGUUAAAUAUUGUAUUUCCUUAUAAAACAGUUAAGUGUUUUCUUAUAAAACAGCAAAAUAUAUUACGCACAGUCGGGACUGUAUCCUUUUCCAAAGAUGAUCUACACUCAGCCAGAUGUGGAGACCUGUGUGAUCAACAUAAAGGUCCGGAAGAGAGAUUUGGUUUGACUUAGAUGUGCUGAAGCAAGCUGGACUUGUCUUUUUAGUACAAGUGCUCAGAGCACACAAAACAUAGGCACACUAAAUACAAUCACAACAGCAUGUUCAGUGAAAUUAGAGUACGUAGGACCAUCUGUUUGUGGAUGACCUGUUUUGAUCUGUCUGUUCUUCUUGCAUUGAUAACCAGACUCUGGUCAAAUGCAUUGUAGCUGCUCACUGACUCCCUCUUCAUUAUCAUGUGAUUUUGAAAUGCUAAAAUAUUCUGCUGCUGCUGAAAAGCUAUACAGAUUAAAACACAAAGUGAACAACAAAAUAAAUGUGUAUGUUAUGCAAUCUCUUUCUAUCAGAGUUAAAAAUCUUGUACACUAAAAGGUCGUGUAUUUAUUUAUAGAUUUUUUUAAAGUUUCUAUUAAAGGCGCUAUAUGUCUCUUUAAACGAAACAAUGGCUGAGGCUCUGGGUAAGUAAAGAGCUGUUAAUGCAAAUCUUGGCUAUGUAGCAACAGCAAAAACUUACAUAUAGCACCUUUGCGCAAUCCCUGUUUCUUGCAAUGUCCAUUAUUCAACCUGGAUUAUUUACUGUGAAAUUGUUGAAGUAUAACAUUACAGACUGCAUUCAUGGUUUUUUUGACUACAAGGCAGAACAAAAGGCUUCCCAUUAAACUCACAGGACUUAGCUUAUUGAGUUAAUUUAGUUUAUAUAUUAACAAGUAAUGGCCCACAUACACAUCUUUUUGAUGUCAUUUUUCCAAUAUUCACAAGCACUUUUUCCUUCUUUGAUCAACGGUUUUUGAGAAAAAUAUCUGGUACUGAUAUCUUUAUCUAAAGUACAACCUACGUCUGUGAGAAGUGUUAAUCCUCAGUGAAUCUGGCAGUACUAGCAACCCUUUAACAUUAUGCAACUUCAGGAAGAUAAAUCUUUAUAUGAACUGAGCAACAAGCUCUGGAGUAUGAUGAAGAGGGAAUUUUAUUCUGCUGACACACUGUCACAAACAUUCAAUACACCCUAAUUAACUCAAUAAAUCAACUUGGAGAAAU